AUGGAUGACUACAAUAUUUGGACUAGUAUGGACAUAAAUGAAGUUAAUGUCUCUCAUUUAUUAUGUGUUAAAUAUCCCAAAGAUGAAAAAUGGAAACAGAUACUUGAAAAGCUCAAAGAAGAGAACUUGGAGUGUAGAGUUAUUGAAAAAGGACGAUUUGAAGGAGUUUGGGUUUCACUUGAAAUAGCCAGGAAAAUUGCUUUAAGACAUGGAAUCUAUGAAGAUGUGAAAUUUAUGUUAGAACCAGAGAAUACUUCACCUGAUCAAUCAACAAAACAUUCAAGGAUAGAUAAUGCUUGUGAAGUUGGUUAUAAAUCAAAAGUCAAUUUAAGAUCUGAUGCAAUAAGAGAUUUAUUAGAAAGUCAAGAAUUAUUAUUCCAAGGUCCUGUUAUCUGA